AUGGCCGAGGUACCGCCGGGGCCUAGCAGCGUCCUCUCCCCGCAGGGGGACACGCUUUCCCCCUUCCCCGGAGGAGGAGGAGGGGGAGCUGCUUCCUCCUCUUCCACCUCCUCGGCUGCCGCCGCCUGCACCGGGGCCCAGGACGAGGAGGCCGAAGAGGAGGAGGAAGAGGAGGGAUCCACCGGCGGAUGGGAGCAGCAGCGAGGAGGAGGCAGCAGCGACGGCGGCAAGGGGGGGCAGCAGCAGCACCGCCUCUACCACCACCAUUCCCCGCACCACAACCACCAGCUCAACGGCCUCAUCAGCCCCGAGCUGCGGCACCUGCGAACCUCCCUCAAGAGCAAGAUCCUCAGCUCGGAGGCAGGGGCAGCCCCCGAGGGGCUGGAGAACAAGCGAGCCAGCAAAACAAUGGGCUCCGGACAGCAACAGCAGUCAUCGCUCCCGACCACAACACCGUGCUCAUCCCCCCUUAACAACCACCUCCCUCCCCAGGGAAGGACUGCACCCUCUCCUCCUCCUUCUCCCCCAGCAGCAGGGGCAGCGAAAGGGGACAUGAGCCAGCCUGCUGCCACAACUACGACUGCUGCUAAGACUGCAGCCCGCAAUGGACUGGCAGGAGGAACUGGCUUGGAGGAGGAAGAGCAGGAGGAGGGGGAUGAAGGAGGGGAGGAGGAGGAGUCGCUGCUGCUACUCUCCAGGUCCUUAGAAGCAGCUUGCAGUUUGAAAGGCUCGGGAACGGACUCUCAGCCCGAGGAGGACCUAACGAUACGAUACGUCCGAUAUGAGUCAGAGCUGCAGAUGCCCGAUAUCAUGAGACUGAUCACCAAAGAUCUGUCUGAACCCUACUCCAUUUACACAUAUAGGUAUUUUAUCCACAACUGGCCACAACUUUGCUUUUUGGCCAUGGUAGGUGAGGAGUGUGUAGGUGCCAUCGUCUGCAAGCUGGAUAUGCACAAAAAGAUGUUCCGCAGAGGUUAUAUAGCCAUGUUAGCAGUGGAUUCCAAAUACAGAAGAAAAGGAAUUGGUACAAACUUGGUUAAGAAAGCUAUUUAUGCUAUGGUUGAAGGAGAUUGUGAUGAGGUUGUAUUGGAAACAGAAAUCACAAAUAAAUCUGCUUUGAAACUUUAUGAAAACCUUGGUUUUGUGCGAGACAAGAGGCUGUUCAGAUACUAUUUAAAUGGAGUUGAUGCACUGCGUCUUAAACUGUGGCUGCGUUAAAAGAAACCAUCACAUCAAGCAACUGACAUCCCAACAGCGCAGAGUUGUCCUUUGCAUGCAAUGCAAUUUGUACAAAAUUGCUUUGCGGGUGGACUUUAGUACUUUCCAUGCAGCUCUUUCUGUCAGUGUCUCAUUGAGUGUCGCACAUAUUUGUUGCACUUUGGCAUGGCGCAUUUGUUGAGAAUUAAAUCCGAUUGUUUCAAACUUCCAAGUUCUUUUGGUACCAGAGAGAUGUGCCAGUUGAUAGCCAAGUUCAUUCAUUUGCAAGUCUACUGACUCUAUUACAUACACAGUGAACAUUUUAUCAGAGAACCUGUCUGUGGAACAUUACUUUUGGU